GUCGUUGAGUACAUGUACAAGCUAAAUUAAUUUGAUCAUUUCGAUAAAGUAAUUGUUUAACAUCAUGAUCUGCACACAAAAAUCCUAGAUCCGAUCGCAGAGAGAUAUUUGAAUGAUAAAGUAAAUCUAUAACAUCUAUUUAUUUACACAACUCAUACAGUUAAAAAAAUAUGACUGACAAUAACAAAAGAAAGUGUAUGUUUAUCGCUAUCUUCCUUUAUAUUAAAUCUGCUAUUUUUCAAAUGUUAUCAUCAAUUAAAUAUUUUAUUGUUUUACAGUUAUAAUAUGAAUAAUACAAAAGAGAAGAUAAACAGAUUUUAAUUAAUUUUUUUGAUAAAAACCAGAUAGACAAUAUAAAAAUGUUUUAAAAAUCGAACAUACAGUUUUUAUGUAUAUACGCGAGAAGAAAAAAUGUUACCUGAUAUUUUUUUAUUUCUAAUUUUAAUUAGUCGAAUUUUAACAAUUAAUAUUACAUAUAACGAAUUAGAUGUGGAAGAUAAUCAGUAUUUAGAUGUAAAUGGUGAAAUAAUAUUGAUAAAUAAUGAAGAACUUUAUCAAAGUGCAGAUCAUGAUGUUAAACAAUUACUUUAUCGAAAUGAUCAAAUUAAUUUAGCUUGUACAUGUACUCAACGACAUAGUGAUGAAUAUUUUAAUUAUUAUUUUUAUUGGACAAUAAAUAAUAUUUUAGUAAAACAUGAUUCAACUCGUAUUCAUUUAACUAUAAACUCAUCUGAUAAAUUAAUAACAGAACCAAUAACAACAGUUUAUUGUCAUUGUCAAUAUAAGAAUUAUACUCAAGUAUGGUUCUACACAUUACAUAUUGAUUUUCAUAGUGAACCCAGUCUUAGACCAAUUGCUUAUAAAAUUCCGAAUGGUUUUGGAUUACACUUACGUUAUAUGAGACUCGGUUCCCUUCAAAAUCGUAAACAAUUUUGA